AUGCUCGCACAUAUGAGUUGCGGUAGUGGUUUAGGGAUCGAUGAUGGCCAUUUUACAGGGAUCGAUGAUGGCUGCAAUUCACAAGUUCCGAAAUUGAACGAUUGUGAUGCUGCACAAAUUCGAAAAAGCAGAAUCGUGAGCAGGAUUUACGUUGAGGGAUACGACACUUCGCUUUCUGGCUAUGAUUUCGUUGCGUCUAUGAGAGGACACUUCUCUUCAUGUGGAGAGGUGGUGCAUGUUUAUAUUCCCGGAUACACUGGUUACAUUGAAGGCACUACUCUCAACAGAUUUUCCUUGAUUUAUCUUCGGGGAGAAGGUGCAGAAGAGAAGGCGUUGAAACUAAGUGGAAGUUACAGCAGCAGAGGACACAAGUUAGUCGUGGAGCCUUACCCGUUUCAUGCCAAACACCUUGACCAUAAGUUUGCUCCUACGAGAUACGAAGACAAUAUACAACAUCACACGAUUCUUGUUGGUGGAUAUGACACUGGGCUUCCCUUGGAGCAUGUCGAGAGAUAUCUGUAUGAACAACUCUCUAAAUGUGGACGUGUGAUGAUAGCUAUCUGCGAAGAUGGAGAAGGUUUUGUCUACAGUAACGCUUACGUUACCCUUGUGGGAAUAGACGCAGUAGAGAAGCUGCUGAAACUUAGUGGAAGUGAUGAGGAAGGAUGGGAGAGUCUUAAAUUUUCUAGGUUUGAUUGUCCAGAUAAAGAUGGAGAGGCCGGCGCCUGCAAUAUGCGACCCGACUGCCCUCUUGAUCCAUAUUCUUCUUACAGUACUCCGGUAAUGGCAUUGGCUUCUUUAGCUCCCGAGGAUCCAAAUCUCCCUAAGCCGCCAUGUAUGACUAGUCUUCUCCCUCGUCCAUGGAUUUAUCGUAAGGAUAGUGGGAGUGGGACUGGCUAUGGGUGCAUUCUGAAUACAGCGACUGGUGACGAGGUGGAGGUACCACCUUAUCUUUUAGAACCUGCUUCGAGAAUCUGCUACGCACCUGAGGAUCCAAAUCUCCCUAAGCCGUGGAAAGGUCUUGUGGAUACUAGCACCGGGUAUGGUUACUUUUGGAAUACAGAGACUAAUGUUACCCAGUACGAGAUACCAUAUUCUUCAGCUUCUCUCCUUGGGCUCAUUCAUUCUUCUGUAUAUCAACGUAAGUUCCUGCAUGGUUAG